AUGGGCCCUGAAGUUCUUGGUUCAAUUCUGCAUCAAUGCUCCAAAACAAGAUCAUUUCGACAUGGGUUUUCCCUCCAUGAUAUUGCAAUCAAAAUGUGUUUUAUAUCCAAUAUUAUUAUAUCCAAUCAUGUUCUCAACACGUACGCAAAAUGUGGGAAAAUCGAGUAUGCACGCCAAGUGUUCGAUGAAAUGUCUGAAAGAAAUGUUGUGAGUUGGUCUGCUAUGAUUUAUGGGUAUGAUCAAGCCGGGAGAGCGUUAAACGCGGUUCAACUGUUUUCUCAAAUGAAAGUCGAGCAGACGAAUGAGUUUGUGUUUGCUAGUACUGUUAGCGCGUGUGCUAGCCUGCUGGCGGUUGAUGUAGGUAAACGGAUUCAUUUGCAGUCUGUGGUUCUUGGGUAUGCGGAUGUUUCGUUUGUGUCUAACUCGCUUGUUUCGAUGUACAGUUUUGAACGAAAAACUAUUGCGUAUAACACGAUAAUUAUAGGGUUGGUUGAAAACGAGCAAGUUCAGAAAGCGUAUGUGAUGUUUCAACUAAUGUGUCAGUAG